UUUUAUCUCCUUCACAAAUCGCCAUUUUUUCUCUAGGGUUUGUGGACUGAGAGAGAGGGAGAAGAGUAGCGGACAGUCUCUCCAUCUUCAUCAAUGGCGCCAAAAGAGAGAAAGCCCAGGGUUUCGAGAAACCCAGAUCUGAUACGUGGUGUGGGCAAGUAUUCGAGGUCGCAGAUGUACCACAAGCGCGGUCUUUGGGCUAUCAAGGCUAAGAAUGGUGGCGCUUUCCCCCGGCACGAUCCCAAACCGGCGGAAGCCAAACCGGUCGAGAAGCCGCCGAAGUUCUAUCCCGCCGAUGACGUUAAGAAGCCCUUGAUCAACAAGCGCAAGCCAAAACCCACCAAGCUCAGGGCAAGUAUUACUCCUGGGACGGUUUUGAUUAUCCUUGCCGGGAGAUUUAAGGGGAAAAGAGUUGUUUUUCUGAAACAACUUCCAUCUGGCCUACUGCUUGUUACUGGACCCUUCAAGGUUAACGGUGUUCCUCUAAGGCGAGUGAACCAAUCUUAUGUGAUUGCAACUUCCACCAAGGUUGAUAUUUCUGGUGUAAAUGUUGAGAAGUUCGAUGACAAGUAUUUUACAAAGGAAGCUGAAAAGAAGAAGAAGAAGGGAGAGGGCGAGUUCUUUGAAGCAGAUAAGGAGGAAAAGAAGGCACUUCCGCAGGAGAAAAAAGAUGACCAGAAGACAGUUGAUGCCCCGUUGAUAAAGGCUGUUGAAGCAGUCCCUGACUUGAAGGCGUACUUGGCUGCUAGGUUCUCUCUCAAGGCCGGCAUGAAGCCCCAUGAGCUUGUUUUCUAGAGGAAACUCCGGAUAUUUGUUCAUUUUGGUCUGUCAGUAGUCAGAACUUUUGUUUUUCAGUUGUUACUGUUUGUAGUCACUUAUUUUUUUAUGUUUUAACAGUUUUAAGCUUGCAAGACGCAUGAUGUUAAUUUUUGAUGAGUGGACGAGAUGAGUCGUGAUUCUCAUUGUGGCUAUAGCUGUGGGAGUUAAUUCAAUCAUUCUAUUAAUACCA